AAUAACAAACAUAGUGGUAGACUUGUAGUUGGCAUAGUAGUUGGCAUAAUAGUUGGUAUAGUAGUUGGUAUAGUAGUUAGAAUAGUAGUUGGCAUAGUAGUUAGCACAGUAGUUGGCAUAGUAGUUGGCAUAGUAGUUGGCAUAGUAGUUG